GUUACAUGUUUAGUUAACAUUGCGGCUUACAUGUUACAACUUUAAAGUAUAACACAAUGAUUUCUUCAUUCCAAAUUGUAGUUAUUGCCUUAUUUUAUACGGCGAGUGCCUCUGUUGUGGUCAAUGUAUACAAUGACGGUACGGUAGAGAGCAGUGUCCAAGAAGAGAAUUUGGGCAGUUGCAAUCCGCAGACUUGUAGCCGUAUCUGCCAUGCUUUGGGUUUCGACAGCGGCAUUUGUAAUGGAGAUGUUUGUGAAUGCACUCACAGAGUCACCAAAACCGACAUUGAAAAUUUGAUUAAGAAUAAGUUGAAGAGUUGCAGCCCCCUCGGCUGUGAUCAAUCCUGCCGGCGCAUUGGAUUCCCGGGAGGUGCCUGCGUCAAUGGAAAAUGCAAAUGCGACAUUAUGAAGAAUGUAACAGAGAACGAAAUCUCAGAUGAAUCUAAGCAAGUCAGUGACUGCAGUCCACUAGACUGUGAUCAGACGUGCAGACGGAUAGGCUUUCAUGGCGGCGCCUGCGUACAUGGAAAAUGCAAAUGUGACAUACUGAAGAAUGACAACGAUAACUUAAAAAGCUCUAAGGAUGUAGGAGUGUGUGACUUCGGUACUUGUAACAUGAUGUGCAUACAAAUGCACAACCACGGCGGCAUGUGUUUGGGUAACGACUGCAAAUGUUUUUAAUAUUACUAUGAGAAGUAAUUUUUGUACUGAUCAUAUGAAAGUGAAUUAAAUGAAAUAGUUGAACAUCAAA